AUGCAUGCAUUAUUCAAGGUACAGUUGCGAAUGAGUGGCCGCGGGGGUCGCGGCGGUUUCCGCGGGGGUAGAGGUGGAGGGCGCGGGGGUUUCAGAGGAGGUAGAGGAGGAGGCGGAGCGGAGGCGGGAGAGGUGAUGCAUGCAGCAGAGAAUGAGUUGGUGGUUAAGGGUUUGCUGCAGCAGCAGGUGCCUUACUUCAACGGUAGAAUCUUCCUUGCAAAUAAAGAAGAAGUUGGAAGAGUAGACGAAAUCCUGGGCCCUAUCAAUGAAAUGUAUUUCUCGGUGAAGCUGAAUGACGGAAUAAAGGCUUCAUCGAUUAAACCCUCAACCAAAGCGGGGGUCCUGCUCGCGGGGGGCGAGGAGGGUUUAGGGGCGGCAGCAGCAGAGGAGGCCGAGGGCAGCGCGGAGGGUUUAGAGGAGCCCCAAGAGGUGGUGGGGGUGGCUUCAGGGGCGGCAGAGGAAGAGGACGCUAAUAAACCGCAGCAGCUGCAGCAGCAGCAGCAGCUGCUGCUGCUGCAUCAACUGCAGCAUCAGCAGCUCAAGAACGUGCUGCGGCAGCAGCUGUCCAAGUCGCACUUCCCGCUGCUGCCUGCAACAGAGCAGCAGCAGCAGCUGCAGCAGCAGCAUUCGUCUGAGGCUGGGGAAAUGGUUGUCGGCGGCUCUUCAUCAGAAGCUCCCGCGAGGGAUGAGGGUGGCCAGGUUCUGGCCUCCAUCCGCGCCGGUCGCUGCAUACUCAGCGGCACCCUCGUCUCGGCAGAUCCCCGCAGAGGCACUCUGCAGCUUGUUAAGGGCUCUUCUGGUUUAUCUCUCGCGUGGCGGCUGCGGCCUUCUGGGUAUUUAGUUGAAAGUUUUUUGCUUCCUUCAGAUCUUAUUAUAGAGAUGCUACCGAAGGAAAGGGGUCGCAUAGUUGCAUUUAAAUCUAAAGAGAAAGGGAUAAAAAGUUUGUUUUGGUUUCAAGACCCCGAUCCUGCUGCAGAUGCUUUAUUUAUAGAAGAGAUAAAAGAAGAAUUAAACAAACAAAACGCAAAAAGUGGUGUGUUCUCCUUUAUCUGCAGCGCCCAGCGAACAGGAGGCGCCUCAUCAUCAGCAGCCGCAGCAACAGCAGCAGCAGCAGCAGCAGCAGCAGCAGCUGGGCAGCAGCAUCAGCAGCAGCAGCAGCAUGAGGAGCAGCUGCGACAGUUGCUGCGUUCGUUUGCUGCUGAAAGGGCAGGGAGACGCAGCACGAGAAUUGUGUCUCUUUCUAAGGUGUUGGAUUCCGAGGCGAUCUCAGUUUUGUCUUCUGACCCGGAGGCUAUGCAGCAGCUAGCAGAAUUAAUGCCUAGCAGCCUCAAGUCUCCAGCAGAAGCUGUUGCUGCUCUUCGCUGCCCUCAACUUUCUCUUUCGCUUGCUGCUCUUACUCAAGCUAUUGCAACAGAUGCAAGGCCUAUACUCAUCUCUAUGGGCAUCACAUCCCCCCCUCCUCUCGCUGCUGACCCAUUGGAAGCCUUCGCUCUCGCUUUAGAAGAAAAGUUUGGUGAGGAUGCAGCAGCAGCACCAGCAGCACCAGCAGCACCAGCAGCAGCAACAGCAGCAGCACCAGCACCAGCAGCAACAGACGCACCAGCAGAGACAGCAGCAGCAGCAGAAACGGAAGCAGCAGCUGAAACAGGAACAGGUUCGGAAGAGAUGGACCAAGAGGCAGCAGACCCCAAGCAGUAG